ACAACCACAUUUUAUUUAUUUCCGUACAUUUCAAAUUUGUUAUUUCUUUUUUAAAAAAAUGUCUCAAGAAGACAACAACGUUGAAGUGGCUGGCGGUGAUGACGACAUCGUUGAUCCAUGGAACGUUCAGAGCAAAUCUGAGACUGGGAUCGAUUAUGAUAAACUUAUCAACAAGUUUGGAUGUCAACGAAUUUCCGACGAGCUUAUAGCACGCAUUGAACGUGUUAUCGGAAAAAAGGCACACGCUCUCUUGAAACGUGGCGUGUUCUUUAGUCAUCGCGACCUUGAGUUCAUUUUGGACAGGAAGGAAAAAGGUCAGCCCUUCUACUUGUACACGGGAAGGGGACCUUCGUCAGAAUCGAUGCAUUUGGGACAUCUCAUCCCAUUCAUUUUUACAAAGUGAUUACAGGACGCAUUUGACGUCCCACUCGUUAUUCAGUUGACUGACGAUGAAAAAUUUAUUUGGAGAAACGACCUUACGAUUGAGAAAUCAAUGGAGUUGGCCAAGGAAAAUGCUAAAGAUAUCAUCGCUUGCGGAUUCGACAUCAACAAAACUUUCAUCUUUUCAAAUUUUCGAUACAUCGGUCAAUCUCCAGAAUUUUACCAAAAUAUUCAACUAGUCGCGAAAAACGUGACCUUCAACCAAGCCAAGGGAUGUUUUGGGUUUAAGGAGGGUGAUUCAAUUGGAAAAAUUCACUUCCCGUCCAUCGAAGCAGCACCCAGCUUCUCGGGAAGUUUUCCCUUCAUUUUCAACGGGAAGAAAGAUAUCCCAUGCCUAAUUCCGUGUGCGAUUGAUCAAGAUCCAUUUUUUCGCAUGACACGUGACGUUGCGCCACGCGUCGGUCUGCAUAAACCUGCCCUGAUUCAUUCAGUCUUUUUCCCUGCGUUGCAAGGAGCUCAGAGCAAAAUGUCGGCGUCAGAUGAAACUUCCGCCAUUUUCUUGACAGAUACGCAAGAACAGAUUAAGGAUAAGAUAAAUAAGUACGCUUUCUCCGGGGGUCGGGCUACAGCGAUGGAACAGAGAGAAUUUGGUGCAAAUUGUGAGAUCGAUGUUUCCUACCAAUAUCUCAAGUUUUUCUAUCAUGAUGAAGAAAAGUUGGAGGUUAUGCGUCAAGAUUACACGAGUGGUAAAAUGUUGACCGGGGAGCUUAAAGCGGUUCUCAUCAAGGAAUUGCAAGAAAUGGUGGCAGACAUUCAGAAACGUCGAGCAGUGGUGGAUGACGCUCUUGUAGAGCAAUUCAUGACGCCAAGACCUUUACAAUAUAGUUUUUGAACGAGUUUGUUA